AUGUCGACAUCAAAAGACAGGGCUAUUUUGACAUUUGUUCUUUCUAGUAUCUUUUCUCCAACCAGUUUGGCGUUGACGUUGGGAAUGCGAACCCAGAUAACUCAAGGUAUGAUAGUAAAAGUUAACAAUUUUCUUUCUGAAAUGGACAAUAAACAGGUACAAGUGGAACUGGAAGCAGAGAAACACAUAGAUAAUUUAAUAUGUACAUUAGAAACUGAACUAGAAAGUGGUUUAAAUGAAUUGACAAGGAAACGUGCAAGACUGCACGAAGAUGAAUGUGAAAGUCGAAUGUUUGUCACUAGUGCAAAGAGAGCGAGAUUGGACAGGCUGAAAGGGACGGCCAGAAACUCAGUGAAGAAACGAGUUGCCAGCCGACUAUUUCGCAAAUGGAAACAGAAUCUUUCAACACAGAAAGGAAAAGGUAAAGGAGUUUACAGGAUUGAUCGUGGAGCUGAGAUUGCAGUAUUUGAAGUUUUGCAAAAGCAACUGAAAGCUCAUAGACGUAGAUGGGGAGAUGAAGGCACAGGUUAUUUGGAACAUGAUCAGAGAAUGCAGUCAAGGGAAAUGCUGAAAGUUGCAAAUGAUUACCUCGCGACACACGGGAAAAAACCCAUAAAGUCAAGAGAGACCGUUCGUUCUUGGGGAAGGUGCAAGAAUAAAAGAUAUCGCCAAGCCCAGCAACACCGAGGUCGGAAUUUGUGGGCUCAUCUUCGAGCUCCAAAGAAACAACGCGAAUGUCAUAUAAACAUGCAUUAUAACCGUAGUCAUAUAAAGAACUAUACCAGAUUAGCAUUUGGAGGAGCUAAAAACUUGCUUGCUGAAAGGGGGCUUGUUAUCAGACGGGCUAUAGACGAUAAAGCCUAUGUUAGGUGUGGAACGUCGGAGGGAUUUUCAAGACCUGUACAUACUCCAGUAAACCUGAACACAGGUAAUGAUGUAAACCAAUUUCAGCUCCCUUCUUCUGAUUAUCCUGACCCUGUUGGGUAUGUAUCACCAGGUGUAGUUUUACUUAUAAAUGAUAUGAAAGAAAUUGAUUACGAAGGCAAGGACAAAUUUGUUCCCACAAAUGUGACAGUGACUGUCACGUGCAAGCCAAAACAUAGUUACCCAAGCACAGCCACAAACUGGGCUAAUGAUUUGACUGCCACACGGUAUUUGUUUCGCAAAGAACACGAAAUACCUAGUGACAAUUCUUCUGAGGAAAGCUCACUACUAUUAAACAAGGCCUCACUGCAAGAUGCAAUGAUUUACCUUGUUGUUAUUAGAGAUUCUUUAUUGCAAUUUGAAUUGAUGACUAUUAAAGAGGAUUAUGAACAUAUUUUUGAGGCAGGAGAUCACCUUGAUAGAGAAAGGAUGAGGAAUGAGAUUCUCCUCAAAAGACUAGAUACAUGCAUGGCAGCAAUAGAUCAGUAUCGACGAGAUCCUGUUAUCAAAAAACUGAUGGAAGACCUUCAAGUUUUGGUUGAACAACUAAGAGCAAUAGGUAUGUAUAUUGUAUUUAUUAGUAUUAAAUGUAUUACUGUAAUUUAGCGGUAUAUAAAUGAACAUUGUUUAUAAAUUCACAUGUCAUAUUAAUUAUAUCUGUGACUAAUAAAUCUCAAGGAAUGGGUUUGCGUAUGGAACUUUUUCGGUUUUUGCAGUUAUUUUAUAUUUAUAAAAUUAUUUUUUAGUAUCUCAUCUUGAUUGCAAUGAAUGGAACAGCAUUGAGACAGAUUAUACAGUUGCUAAAGAACUUUGUGCAAGGAUACGUAGAGAAUGGAGAAGAGUGGUCUUCCUAAACACAGGUACUACACGUCUAAUGUAAAUAUGUUUUGAUAAAUGGUAAAUAUGUUUUGAUCUACCUCAAAAUCCUUUGAUAUCAAUUAACCUACACUGACUCUUAUAUUUUGAGCAAUGUCAUUGUGUACAAUGGAAAUAUUGAAAAUACACACACUGCUUUUAUAAUAUGAGUUUGUAUGAAAAACUACAGUAAUUAACUCCUCCAUUUCUAACUAUUAAUAUCAGGAAAACAGUAAGGAAAAUUUUAUAAUAAAACUCUUUUGUAAUUGUAUCUAAAAACAUAGGGGCUUGCCUCCAUUAAAAUUCUCUGGUGUUUACUUUGUACUAAAACAUUGUAGAUACGGUAUUUUUAGUAAGUUGUGAUUGAAUUGAAUGUUUUAUAAUAUAUCGGUCUCUUUAUUAUCAUCAGUUUAUUUCUUCUUUAUUGAUAUAGGCCUGUUGAUAUCCAGACGUCUGACGCUGGCCCUGGUGUCUCAAGUCACGAACAUAUUACACAAAUUAGGAUGGCUGAAUCCUUUAUGAUUAAUAACUUAGAUUUACAAUGCAGAUUCCAUUAUGCCCCAAGUGAUUCAGCCUCCCAUAUUGCAGAAAAGGUAAUGAGGUCUUUAAAUGAAUGUUUGGGCGAUGGACGGUCUAUACCAGUCCCUAAAACAUCCCUCGUAGACAUGCAAGGAAAGUUGAAAAUGAAUGAUAUUAGUAAUGAUGAAGUACAGAGGUUACAACAUGAAGAAGAAGAGAGCAUUGCAAAGGAAUGUGCCGAGGAAGUAAGAAAACGAUUCAAUGGAAAGAGUUGUAUGGGGACAUCAAUUCAUGCUUUAAAACCAUGUUACGAAGAACAUACAAAGUUUUUCUUUGAUGAGAAAUAUAUGCUUAGGUGUGUGAAUGCUGCUCCUUCCAAUCUUGAGAGAUGUGCAGGAAAGGGCUUUGAAUUUGUGAAGAAAUUUUUUCAGGAGCAUUACUUCCUUUAUGACAAUGGUUUUGAAGGGCACAGAGAGGGCUGUGGGACUAAUAAGUGUGAGUAUCAUGCUACAAUUGGGCGUAAGACAGAUGACCCCCACUGUUCAACUGUUCAUCGAGUUCAGCCACCAGUACCUGAUUACUCCUCAGUUACACAAUUUCACUAUUUGUCACCACAAGCCAUUUCAACGGGAAAUAUCACAGAGAGUUUUGGUUUGACCAAGAAACAGGUUAUGGAUCCAUGCACCAUGGAAAGAGAUGACUUCAACCCAAGAAAACAACUAGAUAAACUUGUUUCCUCUUGUGGCCAACCAGAAUUGAAGCCGAAGCAUGAGGACAAUAUUUCAAGUGAGUCAGACACUGUUUGUACAGUUGUAGACACCAAUGACACUCUUGCAAAGAUGCUGUCAAAAGUAGAUGAUUUUGUUGCAAGCUAUUCUGGUGAAGAUUUAAGGAGUUCAGUGGUGAAGGAAAUAAAGCACAGAUACAAUGCCAAAGUGAAAGCAUUUGUUUCAAAAACAACCAAUGCAAGUGCACGAGCAUCAGAAAAGGCAAAACUAUACGACGAUAUUGAGUGGGAAACACUUAUUAGAAAAAACGAGCUCGGUGAUCUUUAUGUCUCCCAGUUAGAUCUUUAUCUAAUCAAGAAUUUAAAUUUGACUAAGAAAGAGCGUAGCAGGAAAGGGUAUUCAAAAGCUGCAAAGGUUGAGGAUAUAAAGCAACAUUUUUAUUCCUCGUUCAGCCAAACUGAGAACAAGAAAGGGCAAGUGGCUCAGAAUGUCCAUCUGUCAUUGGGUCAACCUGUUGGCAAAAAAGAUACUGAUGAGGUUCCAUUGUUAAAUGUUCCUCCCUGGGGUGGGACAGUAAAUGUUGAAGGCAAGAAUGUUAUCCUAGCUAACACAUGUCCAAUUGACAACUUUUUAACAAUCUUUUAUGCACUAAUGAAGAUGCAUGGCAGUGCAUAUCAACAUUUGUCCGCUUCCACUCAUUUGUACGCCAGUGCACUUGUGAGAAUUUCCCACCUGCUUGAUGCCGGAAAAUUUAGUGAAGGUAAAUGGGAAUGGCUAAAACUAUUUCCCGGUCGUUUUGAGUUGUCAGAAAGAAAUAAGGUUGACUUGUGGGGGAACGAAGAGGAAAUGUUUGUUUCUAGGCUGUACCCUGUGUUGGAAACAACAUUCACAAGCACAUGUGGCUCUGCAGCUUGUCCCAUGAGAAUAUUGGAAGUACACUCCAAAGCUAUCCGAUUAAGGUGAUCUAUAUAUCUUUUCUGUUUUUAGCACAUGUAAAAACUGCCAAAAUUGUGUCUUUGAAAUAACUUCUUGACACACUAUGCGGGCUUUGUAGUGUUUCUUUUUUAACUUUAAUAUAUUGUAGUUAUGGAGUAUGUAUUAAAAAAACCUAGUUAUUUGCAAUUGCAAAAUUUGUAAAUGUUAUUUUUUACAGUGAGACGGGUAUUCCACCGCCCCAGUUCCUUCAAGAGUCUCUAUUUGAGUGGCAUGAUUCAUCUCAGCUGCAAACUAGAUGUGGGCGUGCGAUGUUGGCAGUGCCUGCUGGUUCAGACCAUUUCCUAAGCAGUUAUUAUGUGCAAGAUCCUGUUACUGGACAACUGCUGUAAGUAUAAACAGUGUACCAAAUUGUUGAUUUUUCAAUUAUAGUAUAUAUAAAACUGUACUGAUCUUGGCAAAUUUAUAUAAUUGCAUUUUUACGAUUGUAUGUAUAUUUGCUUGUCCGAUAGGCAAUCUGUUAAUGCCUAUUGUGGUGGCAUGCGGGUGAACAGCCAAAGAAAGUUCUUGGGGGGAAAUAGUCCACCAUUCAUGACUAUGUCUCUGAAUCACUUUGUUCACAAAGGCAUAAUAACUGAUGUCUCUCACAUCCCACUGGCAGUACAAUUGUCAAAGGAGAGGUAAAGUUGAAUUUCCAAUAUAAUAAACGAAAAUAUAUUGCUAGUAUAUAAAAACAUUUAGGCAACAUUUACUGAAAGUGUCUGUUUUGUACUUUUUAAAACAGUUACUCUUUGUUUGGAAUGACCUUUUGGAAUGGAAGCCAUUAUAGAGGAGCGCUCAUCAUGAAAGGUAGUUGGUACUAUUAUGAUGGGAUGUGGGAGAGAAAUUCCAAGGGUGAAGGCCUUGCUAAAUGUGGCGGUAUGCCAUCAACUCCUGUUGGCUUUUGUGUCGCCCACUGCGUAUAUGUCAGAGGAGAUUUACUGAAAUAA